GAUAAAAUGUCCUUGAGGAGAAUCCUAACUAAUAAGCUGUAGCGUAUUCUCUUUCCAGUGGAGAAAAGUCUUCCACUGCCGAUCGAUGAUCUCUCUCUUAUAAAAUCCGGCUUCCCACUGAUUUCAUCAUCUCCGUCAAUGGAAUCUCCUCUUCUGUUCCUCCUCCUCCUCCAUACCGUCAUCACCAUCACAGCUGCAUCAGCCCAACCCCACAGCAAUAUAACUCUAAACUCCUCCCUCACCACCGCUAUUGCCGGCGCCAGAAACCCCUCCUGGCUCUCUCCUUCCGGCGACUUCGCCUUCGGCCUCCUCCCCCUCCCCACCAACUCCUCCCUCUUCCUCCUAGCCAUCUGGUUCGCCAAUCUCCCCAAUACCACCACCGUCGUCUGGACCCCAAACAGAGACAAUCCCCUUCCUCCCAAUUCAUCCGUCAUCCUUACCUCCGACGGACGGCUCUCUCUCCGAGAUCCCUCUGGAACCGAAGUCUGGAACCCCGGCUCAUCGGCUGCUUCCUAUGCCGCCAUGCUCGACACCGGCGACUUCGUUCUUGUUGCCUCUGACCACUCGGUCUUGUGGGAGAGCUUUUCCGAUCCGACAGACACCAUUCUCCCCACCCAAACCCUAAGCCCCAAUUCCAAACUUGUGGCGAAGCUUAGCGAAGAUGAUUUCAGCGAUGGAAAGUUUAAGCUCGCUGUACAGCCGGACGGCGACCUCGUCUUUUAUCUCGUUGCCGUACCCACCGGAUUCCAGUACAAUUCUUACUGGACCUCUGGCACCAACACUUCCAAUUCCAGUCUCGUCUUCGACGUCUCUGGAAGCAUCCACCUGAUCUCGCCAACAAAAGCAUUACUAACUACUUUGACCUCAGCAACGACGAAAUCAACCUCCGAUUUCUACCACCGAGGAACCCUCGACUCUGACGGGGUCUUCCGCCAUUACGUCCACCCAAAGCCUUCGGCCAUCGCCGGCGCUGCCGCAGAGUGGGUGAUCAUGGAUUUCAAGCCCGCCGACAUCUGCACGAAUAUGAUUACCUCACUCGGAAGCGGCGUUUGCGGCUUCAAUAGCUAUUGCACCUAUGAUACGAAUAAGAAGGUCGUGUGCCAGUGCCCUGUGGGUUAUACGUGGAUCGACCCGAACAGGGCUUACAUGGGCUGCAAGCACACCUUCACCAUGCCCAGCUGCAUCUCCGGAGUCCAGAGCGAGGGGUUUCAAAUGGUGAGGGUGGACAAUAUCAACUUCUGGGGAAACGAUUAUGACCGCUUGAAUCCCAUGACAGAAGCGGACUGCGAGCAACAGUGUUUGGAAGAUUGCUUCUGCGCCACGGCCAUUUACGAUGGACAAAACAAUUGCUGGAAAAAGAAGCUUCCAUUAUCCAAUGGGGUGAAAGCGAGCAACGUCAAUGGAACCGCUUUCAUGAAACUAGGCAACUACGAUAACCUGCCAAUCGUCAACGUUACCAAGAAGAGAAUCUGGCUCCUGCCUGGCUUUCUAGCUCUGGGCGGCUCGGUUUUACUGAACAUCAUUGUUUUAUAUCUAACCUACAUGUUUCUUCGUGCGAGCAAAAGGAAACAGAGGCAUCAGCUUAAAGACAGCAUCUUGGGGCCGAAUCUUAAGGCAUUCACAUACAAAGAGCUCGAAGAAGCUACCAAAAGCUUCGGUGAAGAGCUCGGAAGAGGAGCAUGUGGCACUGUUUAUAAAGGAUAUCUCGGUCCUGAGCUCACCGGGACCCCCUACCUAGCCGUUAAGAAGCUACGUGACUUCCAGCCGGAGAUUGAUAAGGAAUUUGCUAACGAGGUAAAAUCUAUCUGCCAAACUCAUCAUAAGAACCUCGUGCGUCUCCUUGGCUACUGCAACCAAGACACGAACAGGCUUCUUGUCUAUGAGUACAUGAGCAACGGCUCCCUUGCUAGCUUCCUCUUCAACGGAAUUCGACCGCCAUGGGAACAGAGAGUGGGCAUCAUCCUUGGGAUUGCAAGGGGACUUCGUUAUUUACAUGAAGAAUGUAGCACGCAGAUCAUUCACUGUGACAUAAAGCCGCAGAACGUCCUCCUCGAUGUCAACUUUGUCCCAAGGAUUUCAGACUUUGGGCUUGCAAAGCUUCUUAAAAAAGAUCAGACGAGGACAAACACAGGGAUAAGGGGAACGAAGGGUUAUGUUGCACCGGAAUGGUUCAGGAACGCGGGGAUAAGUGCCAAGGUGGAUGUUUAUAGUUUCGGGGUGAUGGUUUUGGAGAUAUUGUUUUGUAGGAGGAAUGUGGAGAAGGAUAUGGACGAGGAGAAAGCCCUGCUUACUUUUUGGGUAAGUGAUUGUUAUAAUGAUGGGCGGAUUGAUGCUCUUGUGGAGGGAGAUGAGGAGGCCAUGGCGGAUAUGGGGAGGGUGCAGAGGUUUGUGAUGGUGGCUUUGUGGUGCGUGCAAGAAGAACCGGCUAUGAGGCCAACGAUGGGGCAGGUGACGCAAAUGUUGGAGGGAGCGGUGGCGAUUAAUCCAGUGCCGCCUGUGUGAACUCUUUGAAAUUAUAUUCAUUUAUAUACUUAAAUUAUAUAUGUAUGCUAGUUUAGCUUAAUAAUUAAAUAGAUUUAAAUUUUGAUCUAUUUAAUUAUUGAAAUUUAAUUUAAUAUGUAUCAUAAUACUGAUAUUUGGGUAAAUAUAUUUGUGAUAGUUCUGCUUGAAAAAUGAAGGAUUGAAAUUUUAUUUUGGUCGCAAAAACCCUUCGUGAUAGGAAUAAGUAAUGUGAAUGUAUAAAUAAAAUCGUUGCUCGAAUAUUUCCCCUUUAGAUA